UGGAAACAUUCUUGAUUCAGUCAUUGAGGGGUUCUGAGGUACCAGCCCUCCUGCUGGUUGUAGCCACAGCCUUCACUUUCUUGUUCUUUCUUCUUGCUUUCCCCUUAUGACUCAGGAGUGGGGGUGCAAGUGUUGUGGCUGCACCAUUCUCACCCAACCCAAGCUAGAGAACUUCGACAAACCAUCUUAUAUGAUAACAUCCAGCUGUAGAGGAGCACAAGUUGAAGAGGCCUAGAAGAUCAGUGAGCCACCCCUCCAUUGUUCCCCUCAGGGCUUUGUAUCUGGAAGGAAGAAAGACCAGCUUCUCUGACCUGGGCAGGCCUUCAGGGAAGAUGCAUCCACUCCUCCUUUUGUUGGCCCUUCUUCUGCCUGUUGGGGCUGAGACAGAGAAGAUCAUCGGGGGCCAUGAGGCCAAGCCCCACUCCCGGCCCUACAUGGCAUUUGUUCAGUUUCUGGAUAAGGACAAUAAGAAGGACAGUAAGAAGAGGUGUGGUGGUGUCCUCGUGCACAAGGACUUUGUUCUGACGGCUGCUCACUGCUGGGGAAGCUCCAUCAAAGUCACCCUGGGCGCCCACAACAUCAAGGAACAGGAGAAGACCCAGCAGGUCAUCCCCGUGAGAAGAGCCAUCCCCCACCCAGACUAUAGUCCAAAGAACUACUCCAAUGACAUCAUGUUACUGCUGCUGGAGAGGAAGGCCAAGUUGACUGCGGCUGUGAAGACUCUCCCCCUGCCCAGGGGCAAGGCCCGGGUGAGGCCAGGACAGGUGUGCAGCGUGGCCGGCUGGGGCCGGAUCUCAAUGGACACCUUAGCAACCACCCUGCAGGAGGUGUCACUGGAAGUGCAGACAGAUUGGGAGUGCAGAUCCAUCUUCCGCGACUAUUAUAUCGGAGCCACCCAUAUUUGUGUAGGAGACCCAAAGAAGAUGAAGACCGGCUUCAAGGCAGCACUGAGAAUGUCCGGAAUGGCCCAGUAGUACAACGGUCUCCCACAAUGCCAAAAGCACCCAGAUUGGUUUCUGACCAGAGCAGUAUCAAAGGGAGGGAGAGAGGGAAGUGGCCCAGCCUCAGCAGGCAACUAACUGCCUGCCCAGAAGAUUUGCAUUUUGGCUGUAUGCACAAGGGGGCCCCCCCAAGAGGAGGUGGGAAACAUCCUACUUUCAUGUCCCAACCUCCCAAAGGAGAAAAAUAUUGUAACUGACGGAAAUGUAAUAAAACAGUCAAAAGUAAAUGUAACCACCUAUGAAUAUUGUGAAAUGUAUCACAGUCUUACUUGUUCCAAUAUCACAAUUUUUAUUAAAGUAGAAAAUAAAAACAUUAAGAA